GCUCCUUUUCACUGUCUGUAUUGGAGGGGGGGAUCAGGAGGGAGAAGCGGCUUUUAAAUAAAAAAAAAAAAUAUUUAAAAGCACCUGAACAGAGCUGCCAAUCAGUUGGAGAAAGAGGAUUUUUGCCUGGCUGCUUCCUUAUGAUAUUUCUUGCUGCAAGCCUGCUGAGCGAGCUGUAGCUGGAAGCUGAAUGAGUUUGCUUCAAUGGAAGAAAACUCAGCCCUUGGUGCUUGUGUAAACACAGUUUGAGAGACAACAGCCUUGACAAAGAAACUGAAAUGUGACUUGCGCGUCAGAAGUACAGUGAGGGAGACCUGUAUUUACACAAGAAAUACUGUGCACCACAGACGGAGGCAUCAAUCCCAGCUCACCCCUCUUUUUUCUUGACUGAAUUAGAAGCCCCAGGAAUGUGCUAAUUGGCGGCGGCCUCUUCAGAGAGGUAAAAGAGAAGUUGCGAGCCAUUUGUGCACGAGAUCCACUUGUCACCACAUUACACGUCUUGCCAGCAGCGUCCGACGAGUGACUGAAACCAGACAAGUAGUUUAGUCUUAAAUGCUGAACAGCGCAAAGGAACAUGGAUCGUGUUAUGUGAAGGCCCUGAGGACAUAGUCAUCUGCUCCUGAGAGGAAGAAGGCACUUGCGGAACUCAGAUUGAGGGAAUUUUAAUGGCUUUCAGGUAGAAGCCCAGUGGAGACAAUCAAAAUGAAUUCUAUGGACAGGCACAUACAGCAGACCAAUGACCGGCUGCAGUGCAUAAAACAGCACUUACAGAAUCCCGCAAACUUCCAUAAUGCAGCUACCGAGCUCCUGGACUGGUGUGGAGACCCGAGAGCUUUCCAGAGACCUUUUGAACAGAGUCUGAUGGGUUGUUUGACGGUUGUGAGUCGAGUGGCAGCACAGCAAGGAUUUGACUUGGAUCUUGGAUACAGGCUACUGGCCGUAUGUGCAGCCAACAGGGACAAGUUCACUCCAAAAUCAGCUGCGCUGCUUUCAUCGUGGUGUGAGGAGCUGGGACGGCUCUUGCUGCUUCGUCACCAGAAAAGCCGGCAGAACGAUCCUCCCGGGAAGCUACCCAUGCAACCCCCCAUGAACUCUAUGAGCUCCAUGAAACCCACGCUUUCUCACAGUGAUGGGUCUUUCCCCUAUGACUCUGUUCCUUGGCAGCAAAACACCAACCAACCACCGGGUUCUUUAUCAGUGGUCACUACAGUAUGGGGUGUGACUAACACCUCACAAAGCCAGGUGCUGGGAAACCCAAUGGCAAAUGCCAAUAAUCCUAUGAACCCAGCAGGAAACCCCAUGGCUUCUGGGAUGACUACCAGCAACCCUGGCAUUAAUUCCCCUCAGUUUGCUGGGCAGCAGCAGCAGUUUUCAGCCAAGGCCGGUUCCGCUCAACCUUACAUACAGCAGGGCAUGUAUGGACGACCCAACUAUCCUGGAAGUGGAGGCUUUGGUGGGAGCUACCCUGGUGGCCCAAAUGCUCCUGCAGGAAUGGGGAUCCCUCCACACACGAGGCCGCCUGCAGAUUUCACAGCAGUUGCAGCUGCUGCUGCCACGGCAACAGCUACGGCAACCGCCACUGUCGCAGCCCUUCAGGAAACCCAGAACAAGGACAUGAACCAGUAUGGACCGAUGGGUCCGACUCAAGCUUACAACAGCCAGUUCAUGAAUCAACCUGGCCCUCGCGGCCCCACGUCUAUAGGACCCCCUUCAGGCUGGGGCGGCCCGCCUAGGGGUAUGAGCCAGCCAAGGCCCCCUGGGAUAAGCCCCUUCAGCAGCCAUGGACAAAGGAUGCCACAGCAAGCUUACCCAGGCCCACGCCCCCAGUCUUUGCCUAUCCAGGGCAUUAAGAGACCGUACCCAGGAGAGCCAAAUUAUGGAAACCAGCAGUAUGGACCAAAUAGCCAGUUUCCUACACAGCCUGGUCAGUAUCCAACUCCCAACCCUCCAAGACCUCUUACGUCUCCCAAUUACCCUGGACAGAGGAUGCCUACCCAGCAAAAUACGGGGCAGUACCCUCCUCCGACCGUGAAUAUGGGACAGUAUUACAAGCCAUCAAGGCCUGUACCUGUGGCAAACUACCCUCAUUCGCCUGUUCCAGGAAACCCCACACCACCCAUGACUCCAGGGAGCAGUAUUCCACCAUACCUGUCACCUAACCAGGAUGUCAAACCACCAUUCCCACCAGACAUUAAGCCAAAUAUAAAUGCUUUACCGCCACCUCCAACCAACCACAACGAUGAGCUACGUCUGACAUUCCCUGUGAGAGAUGGGGUUGUAUUGGAGCCCUUUCGGCUGGAACACAACCUGGCGGUCAGUAACCAUGUCUUUCACCUACGGCCAACCGUCCAUCAAACGCUGAUGUGGAGGUCUGACUUGGAGCUACAGUUCAAGUGCUACCACCACGAAGACAGACAAAUGAACACAAAUUGGCCAGCAUCAGUUCAGGUCAGCGUUAAUGCAACUCCACUUACCAUUGAACGUGGCGACAACAAGACGUCUCAUAAACCUCUGCACCUGAAGCACGUCUGUCAGCCGGGAAGAAACACAAUUCAAAUUACAGUCACAGCAUGUUGUUGUUCACACUUGUUCGUGUUGCAGUUAGUGCACCGGCCAUCGGUUCGUUCUGUGCUUCAGGGCCUGCUGAAGAAACGUCUCCUCCCAGCGGAACAUUGUAUCACUAAGAUCAAGAGGAACUUCAGCAGCGUGGCAGCCUCCUCUGGCAAUGCAACACUAAAUGGCGAGGAUGGAGUGGAGCAGACAGCUAUUAAAGUGUCUCUGAAAUGUCCAAUCACAUUCCGGCGAAUCCAGCUCCCAGCGAGAGGCCAUGAUUGCAAGCAUGUGCAAUGCUUUGAUCUGGAAUCUUACUUGCAACUGAACUGUGAACGAGGAACCUGGAGGUGUCCUGUAUGCAAUAAAACUGCUCUACUGGAAGGUUUGGAGGUUGACCAGUAUAUGUGGGGUAUUCUGAAUGCUAUACAAAACUCUGAGUUUGAAGAAGUUACCAUCGACCCAACGUGCAGUUGGCGGCCAGUCCCUAUAAAGUCAGACAUUCACAUCAAAGAUGAUCCAGAUGGUAUUCCUUCCAAGAGGUUUAAAACCAUGAGCCCCAGCCAAAUGAUCAUGCCAAAUGUGAUGGAGAUGAUUGCAGCACUGGGUCCCGGCCCAUCACCUUACCCAUCCCUUCCACCUCCACCCGGGGGCAAUAACUCCACUGAGUAUGGUAACCAAGGCAACAGUUACCAAGGUCAUGGCAAUUUCGAUUUCCCUCACGGGAAUCCCGGUGGAACUUCAAUGAAUGACUUCAUGCACGGGCCUCAGCUGUCUCACCCUCCAGAUAUGCCCAGCAGCAUGGCAGCUCUUGACAAGCCCCUCAGUCACCCCAUGCAAGAAUCAAUCCCUCAUCCUGGCAGCACUGAUCAAUCCCAUAGUUCCAUGCAGCAAGGUUUGCACGUACCUCACCCCAGCAGCCAGUCAGGGCAGCCAUUACAUCACAGUGGUCCUCCUACCCAGCAGUCCCGGCCCCCGCCACAGGCCGCUUCUAGCAACCAUCCACACAGUGACCUGACCUUUAACCCCUCCUCCGCCUUAGAAGGUCAGGCUGGUGGCCAGGGAGCAUCUGACAUGCCGGAGCCCUCACUGGAUCUGCUUCCAGAACUCACAAAUCCAGAUGAGCUGCUUUCGUACCUGGAUCCUCCCGACUUGCCAAGCAAUAGCAAUGACGACCUUCUCUCUCUCUUUGAGAACAACUGAAACCCUAUGUAUUUUCCCCACCCCAUCACUUGUCCACACGUGGGUAGCUGCACAAAGAGGAAUCGUCACACUCCCUUUCCACAGAAAAACCAACAAACUCAUGACUCAGUCAAAUGGUGCACUCCCUACUUUCUUCAUCUUAGAACUGAUUUUGUCAGCUUCACUGACUGCGGAAGCAAUGGGAGAAAAAAAUCAGAAAGAAAGUGGUGCUCUCAGAGACUGCCGCUACCUGGCACACCCAAGCACAGACAAUAGUGCGGCUAAUGGAAACCCUGUUUGUUGUUAAUCCUAAAGAGAGAGAGUUCUGAGAUACACAUAGUGUGAAGUAUAUUGGCAAGAACCAAUCUUGGCAAGGAAACAAAAGGCAAGAGAAUGGAAUUGUCCUAAUUGACCAGUCUCAAAAUGUCCUUCCAGCGAGUGUUCUUCCAUUUUUUUUUAAAUCCUUCUCCCCCCUUUCCCUCCUUCCCCCCUCAACUGCAGAUUUGUGUUGGACAGACUGUAUUGGCCACACACAUGAAGGAAAGCAAACAUCUAAAUCACCAAAAAGCACAAAUAAUACAAUAAAAAUCAAAAAUCGGGAAGCGAUACAUCAAAGGAGACAUCUGUGUAGCUAAUGUUUUGUCUUCAGUAGAGGAACCCUGAGAAUCUCCAGGCUGCAGACAGUGUGUGUUUGUGUUUAUAGAGCGUAGGAAUCUGCAAUACUUGUUUGCAAGAUCUCCCUCUGCUUAAACACACAGACUUGGAAAAAACCCUUUAAAUUCGUUUUGGGUUGUUUUUGUGUUUUGUUUUUGUGUGUGUGUGUGGCUUUGGUUUCCAAUCACUACCAUUUGUGACUGUGUCGUUAUCCAAUUGUUGACAUGAUUAUUUUUAUCCAGGAUAUCCAUCCAAAAUGGAAAAGGAGUGGGGAGGGAGUGUAAAAAAGUUUUCUAUUAUCUAGAGCCUUCAGUGUGCUCAGUCUCCAUGUCACUAGACCCUCUGUACUGCACAAUACAUAGCAAGACAUGCUGGGUGAAGGCAGGGAAGAGCUCUUGGCAUUUUUUUUAAUUAUUUUUUAAAGAGCUUGAAAGGAGCAUUGAAAAUGGACAGAUAUGGUAGAGCUUCUCUUUUGUUUUGCUUUAUGUUUCACAUACAGGACUGUUACAUGUAAUGAAGCCGUUUUCCCGUCCUGUUUUUUUAACUCCUUUAGCUGCCCAGGAUGUUUUAUUUUUCAACAAGGAUGAGAAUGGGGAAAAUAAGUAAUUGUUGGUAGGUUACUACUGCCCUCAACAGACCCUGCUGCCAGGCACUGUCUUGCCCCUGUGAUCUGUGAUUCUCGUGUGGCUGCUUCUCCUGCAUGAGCUUCCUAUUGUGUCAGUGCCCAUUUUUCUGCACGCGCUCUCUCUCUUUCACACACACACACACACACACACACACACACACACACACACACACACAAAUUAUGUACAGUAGCUGUGUAAAAAGUGCAUGUGUGCCAACUUUGCCCUUGUGGUGCGACAUUUCAGCUUUUGCCCACUGUACGGUUAUUGCUUUCUUUGUUACUAAAGCACAUUUGACAGUCCUCCCUCCCUUAUUUGUUCUCAAAAAUAUGUUUUAAAAAACUUAAGUGCCAGAUGGAAUUUUGUUAGUUUUUUUUUGUCUGUUUGAAUAUGUAAUCCUCCCCUAUUCCCCCUCGCCUCCCCAUUUCCCUUUUAGUUUGCAAUGCUGUAAAUGGCAUGACACGUGCUUACAGUUCUGGAUUUGCUUUCCUCACCAAAGUCAAUAUUUGUAAAUGCUUUGCAUAUUUUUUGUUAACAUUUCCCAUUACUGCUGUACAUGCAUCGUGAUAUAUAUAUAUGCUAGUCCGCAGCACCUUGCUGUAGAUAUUAAAGGAAAUGGCGGUUUAGUUCUUUUAUUUUCCAAUAGGCGUAUUGAAUUUGUCAAGCGUUUUAUGUAGAGGUGUUCCCAUGCGUAUAUUUUUCCUGUUUUAAGUUUUUUUAAAGAUGCUGUUCAUUAUGCAAAAUCAAUUAUUUUAAGAAUUGCUAUUGUAAAUAUCUUUGUGAAUAAUUUAGCAUCGUCUUUGAUGAUAUUCAACAUUUUCAUCAUUGGGUUAUCCUUUUGCUGGCGUUUUAAAAUACCUUAUCUGGAAAAAAAAAUGGAUCCUUUUAAAAAAAAAAAAA